UCAUCAUUAUUAUUAUUAUUAAAAUAACCCAAUGUUUAUUUUCAAUGACUUUGAAUUGUGUCAGAUGUCCCCCCCUUGGUGUCACUGUUACAUCAAUAGUGCCAUAUAUGGACCCAGUCCCUCCCCUAACAAAGCUUUUGUCUGGUACCUCACAUUACGCUAACGGUUCUAACGAGGCGAGUUUGAUGAGACGGCUUCGUGCGUUAAAUGCGACUUUAAAACGAUCGGAUACACGUUGGAUCUUUGGCAGAAACCUACUCCCCUGUGCAUAUGUGUUCGUUGAUAACUAUGUGGAGUGCAAGACAAUAUCGAUCAGGGGACUGUUGUUGGAUUGUUUUUCCUUUUUUCGUACUGCUUUUUCGGGCAAAUCAGACCUUGGCUGAAUUAAGGUACUCCAUUCCAGAAGAGAUGCAAGAAGGUACUGUUGUUGGAAGUGUUGCUAAAGAUCUUGGCUUGGACAAAACCUCUUUGAUUGACAGACGAUUUCGAGUUGUUUCUGGAUCUAAGGACGCUUUUUUUGAAGUAAACCCGGACAGUGGUGCCUUGCUGGUCCGUAAGAAAAUUGACAGAGAGGAGCUGUGUCGCGGUAACGGUGUGUGCUCAAUUGAGCUGAAAAUCCUUGUUGAAGACCCUUUAGAAAUGCACCACGUCGUUGUAGAAAUUAAUGAUGUAAAUGACCACUCCCCUACUUUUUCUGAAAAGGAACAGCAAUUUGAGAUAGCGGAACAUACAUCUCCGGGAACACGAUUUGAACUACACUCGGCACGUGAUCCGGAUGCGGGAAAAAACACAAUCCGUGCAUAUACAUUAACUUCAAAUGAUCACUUUGAAAUAGAAAUUAUUCAAAGUGAUGAUGAUGAUAAAAUACCAUUCCUGGUGCUGAAGAAUGCAUUGGACAGAGAACAAAAGACCAACCACUCGCUAUUUCUAACAGCAGUUGAUGGUGGUAAACCCCAAAGAUCAGGCUCACUAAAUAUUUCUAUCAAUGUUGUUGAUAUUAAUGAUAAUCCUCCCAUAUUUAGUCAAGAUACUUACCAAAUAGAAAUAUAUGAAAACCUCCCAGUUGGUACCACUGUAGCAAAAGUGAAUGCCCUUGAUGCAGAUGAAGGGACUAAUGGAGAAGUAGAAUACAGCCUUAGCAGAACACUAGCACGUGAAGUUUAUGAUAUAUUUGAGUUAGAUCAUUUAACUGGGGAAGUAAAAUUAAAAGGAGUUGUGGAUUUUGAGGAAUUGGAAAUUUUUAAAUUAGAUAUACAGGCAUCUGACAAAGGUACACCUCCAUUAACGAGCAGGUGUAAAGUCAUUGUAAAGAUAAAAGAUGUCAACGACAACCCACCAGAAAUAGAAGUAACGUCACUGUCAAAUACAAUCUCUGAAGACUCAAAGCGUGGCACAGUUAUUUCACUCAUUAGUGUAACGGACAAAGACUACAGUGUCAACGGAAAGAUACUUUUACGUAUAACAGAAGGAGUGCCGUUUGAAUUAAAGCCGUCUUAUAAGGAAAACAUAUAUUCAGUUGUUACCAAGAGGAUUCUAGAUCGAGAGGAGGUGUCAAACUAUGAAAUAAUAAUAACAGCCACUGAUUGUGGUGAACCUCCCUUAUCUACAUUGAAAACACUGAGUGUUCAGAUAUCAGAUGUAAAUGACAAUAGACCACAUUUCUCCCAAAAUCCAUUAGAGUUUUACCUGCGAGAAAAUAAUGUAGCAGGAGCAUCGAUAUUGUCUUUAAGUGCAUCUGACAAUGAUGUCAAUGACAAUGCAGUUAUUGGUUAUCAAAUUGCCAGGGAAAAGGAUGUAACAUCUUUCUAA